AUGACAUGGCAUGCGACUGCUAGUAACAGUGAUGGUAAGCUUCGACAUCCAAGAGACGGAUUGGCUUGGAAGGCAUUCGAUCAAAAAUAUCCUGAAUUUGCAUCUGAUCCGAGAAAUGUCAGACUAGGCUUGGCGACUGAUGGUUUUAACCCGUUUGGUACAAUGAGUAGUAGUCACAGCAUAUGGCCAGUUAUACUAUUUCCUUAUAAUUUUCCACCUUGGAUGUCUAUGAAGCAGACAUCAAUGAUCCUGUCUAUGGUUAUCCCUGGAAAGCACAUGCCUGGGAAUGAUAUAGAUGUCUACUUGCAACCACUUAUCAAAGAGUUGAAGGAGUUAUGGUCUGAUGGGAUUGAAACACUAGAUUCCUCCACAAAACAAAGGUUUAACAUGCGAGCAGCGAUCUUGUGGACAGUUAGUGAUUUUCCGGGUCUUGGAAAUUUGUCUGGGUGGAAUACGUAUACGACAUUAGCUUGUCCAAGCUGCAAUUAUGAAGGCAUCGGACAACGUUUACGCCAUGGGAGAAAAAACUGUUUUAUUGGCCAUCGUCGUUUUCUCCCUCAAGAUCAUGACUUUCGUCAAAAUGAAACAAAUUUUGAUGGAAAAAUAGAAACCAGAGCUCCACUAGGUAUACGUUCUGAAUUGUGGCCUGUUGAUAAUGAGAAGUAUCAAGCAGCAUGUUUUACUCUGAACAAGGAAGGCACAGACAUCUUCUUAAGUGUCUUAAAGAAUGUAAGACUCCCUGAUGGUUAUGCUUCAAACCUAUCAAGUUGUGUUGAUGUGUGUAGUGGAAAGCUAUCAGGCUUGAAAAGCCACGACUGUCACGUGAUAAUGAGAGAUUUAUUCUCAGUUGCUAUUCGGAAUCUGCUGCCGGAAAAUGUGAGAUCAACCAUUAUCGAGCUUUGUCAAUUUUUUAGAAAUAUAUCUGCCAAGGUCCUUGAUAUCGAUGAGCUUGAUAAAUUACAAGACCGUGUUGUCUUGAUUUUAUGUCGCAUGGAGAUGUUUUUUCCUCCGUCAUUUUUUACGGUGAUGGUACAUUUGAUCGUACAUCUCACAGAAGAGGCAAAGUAUGGAGGGCCAGUUCCAUUUCGUUGGAUGUAUCCCAUUGAGAGGAAGUACAAAAAUGAGCUAUGGAUGCAGAACUCUCAGCUAAACAGAAGGAAUCGUGCUAUAGACAUUGAUCGAGAAAUGCAUCUUAAUUUUGCAAAAUGGAUCAAACAGAAAGUAGAGAUGAAUGAGAUAGACGGGAUUACUGAUGAUUUGCGAUGCUUAGCUCUUGGUCCAUCAGAACAAGUUGUGAAGUAUACAGCUUACAAUGUCAAUGGUUUCAAAUUCCGGACAACAGAAAGAGAUUCUGGCCUGAAAACACAAAAUAAUGGUGUUUAUGUGGCUGCUGAGACUAUGAGCUAUGCUAGUUCUCGUGAUCCUAAUCCUAGAGCAGGUAUUGUACCUUACUAUGGAAAUCUGGUCGAAGUUAUGGAGUUAAAUUACUAUGAGGUUUUCAAAGUGGUAUUAUUCAAGUGUAAGUGGGCUAACACUUGUACGGAUCGAGGAUAUAAAACAGAUGCAUAUGGACAUCGUAUGGUAAAUUUUUCUCGCUUGUUGCACACUGGUGAUAAUGAAGAGGAUGAGCCAUAUGUAUUAACUUCUCAGGCCAGAAUGGUAUAUUAUAUUGAUGAUCCUUGCAUUGUAGAAUGGAAGAUCGCUGUUCACAUUCAGCCUAAGGAUGUUUAUGACAUGGGAGAUCCAAAUGAUUCAGAAUAA